AUGGCAGCAUUGUCGCAAGCAUCAGCAGCCGCCCUAGCCCGCCUCCGCGCAUUCAAACCCCCACCAUCGCAAUACACACAACUACCCCUGACCCGCCGCGCCUCCGUCCUAAUCCUCCUCUUCGCCGACCGCCGCGGCGACCUCCGCGUAAUCCUCACGAUCCGCAGCGCCAAACUGCGCAAUUAUGCCGGUCAAGCCGCUCUCCCUGGAGGGAAAGCCGACACAGAAGCAGAAACAGCAUGGAUGACCGCACGCCGAGAAGCGGAGGAAGAAAUAGGAUUACCAAGUAAUGAUGAGCAGUUACCUUCUGGCUACACGGUGGAGAAACUGACGGAAUUGCCUGCGAAUCUGGCAAUGACGGAGUUGGGGGUUAUGCCUUGUGUUGCUUGGUUGAGGAGUUUGAGCAAAGAUGCGGAUAUUGCAAAAGACCUGUUACCAAGGCUAGACGCCAGAGAAGUGGCUGCAGUGUUUACGGCGCCGUUUGAGCAGUUUUUGAAACAGAGGGAUGAUGUUGAUGUGGAGGGGGAAUGGUAUAGAGGGGCGUGGCAUUCUUGGUAUCAUGAGCCUUGGAGGAUGCACAUGUUUCACGUGCCUGUGACGCCGAGGACGGUAUUCAGGAGUCAAGAGGUGGAGAACACGAGGUUGGAUGCUGCGACUGCGCCGUGUUCGCCCGAGUCGAAGGCUCCUGUGCUUUUGGCCGAUCGGGCUGCCCAGGCGUAUGGGAAACCGGUGCCUGGGUCUAAUGGUCCGGAGAAGGUGGACAAGAGUCUGGCACAAAAGGACGCUCUGGAUAUGCCGCGGUACAGGGUCUUUGGAAUGACUGCACGUAUCUUGGUUGAUGCUGCAAGGGUGGCCUAUGGUCGCGAUCCAGAGUUUGAACACAACUCGCACUUCGGCGAUGAAGAAAUGAUUGCCAAGUUGAUGAAGAUGGGAAGGUUGAAGCCAAAGAAAGAGAAGGGCGAAAUCUUGACGCGAGAUGUCAUGGAAGCGGCUGCUAACAUCGAGUUGAGCUCAGAGGAAAAGGGUAAGCUGUAA